GUCAAACAGCAAGAGUUUAGAAACAGAUUUAAAAAUGAAGUCAUCUUUCGAUUUGAUGCAGAGGAUCCUUAUGCAUGCCUAGAUAAGACUCAUAAAGACAUUGCGAAACUAGAGGCAGAAAUGAAAAAUCUUCAGGAAACUGCAAACCUUUUUGAAGUAAGUGUGCCAGAAUACAAGCAGCUGAAACAGUGCCGUACUGACGCCAUCUUGCUAAAGUCUGUCUGGGAUAUGGUGGUGUUUGUCCAGAUGAGCAUUCAAGACUGGAUGAAAACUCCAUGGAAACAGAUAAAUGUUGAACAAAUGGAUGUGGACCUUCGAAGAUUUGCAAAGGAGAUGAGGAAUCUGGAUAAAAAAAUAUGGGCUUGGGAUGUCUAUGUGGGCUUAGAAUCAACUGUUAGAAAUCUGUUAACCUCCUUAAGAGCUGUGAAUGAACUCCAGAACAUCGCGGUCCGGAAAAGACAUUGGCAACAACUUAUGAUUGCAACAGGGGUCUGUUUUGUGAUGAACGAAGACACUACACUAGGAGACCUAUUAGCUCUUCAGCUCCACAGGGUGGAAGAGGAUGUGAAAGGCAUUGUGGAUAAAGCUGUGAAAGAAAUGACUAUAGAAAAGGUAUAUUCCAGGAUCAAUCAGACAUGGAGUGUUAUGGAUUUCUCAUACGAACAGCAGCACAGCACAGACACACCACUGUUGACAUCUGAUGAAAACCUGAUAGAAACACUAGAAGACAACCAGGUUCAGCUUCAAAACAUCUUAAUGAGUAAAUAUGUGGAGCAUUUUUUGGUGGAGGUCAGCAGUUGGCAGAAAAGGUUAAUGGUAGCAGAUACGGUUAUUUCAUUGUGGCUGGAAGUGCAGCAAACCUGGGGCCACCUUCAGAGUAUCUUCACCAAUUCUGAGGACAUACGGAGUCAGCUUUCAGAAGAUGCAAAAAGAUUUGAAAGGAUUGAUCAAGAUUUUAAGGAACUUAUGGUAGUGGUGGUGAAGACAAAAAAUGUGAUCAAAGUAACAAAUGAGAUGGGAUUGCUUGAAAAACUGCAAGUUCUUCAACAAAGGCUCAUGGUUUGCGAGAAAUCCUUGGCUGACUAUUUAGAUGCCAAGAGACUCAUUUUCCCAAGAUUCUACUUCGUCUCAGCUGCAGAUCUGCUAGAAAUUAUCUCCAAAGGAACUCAUCCGAAGCAGAUCACCAAGCACCUGGUGAAGCUCUUUGACAAUAUGGCUGACCUGCAAUUUGAGGAGGACGACAACAGGGAGACGCACAAGGCCUCUGGCAUCUACAGCAGAGAGGGAGAGCUCAUGCUAUUCUCAGAGUGCUGUUCCUGUGAGGGGCAGGCAGAAUGCUGGUUACGCCGAUUGGAAGACACUAUGCACCUGACGGUGAAGCAGAAGAUCAUGGAAGCCAUGGGAGCCUACGAGGAUAAGCCCCGAGACCAGUGGCUGUUUGAUUACCCAGCCCAAGUGGCUUUGACCAGCAGUCAAAUCUGGUGGGCUGCGGAUGUCAGGAUUGCCUUUGAGAGGCUUGAAGAAGGCUUUGAAACAGCCCUGAAAGACUACAACCGCAAGCAGAUUGCUCAACUGAACGCCCUUAUAAACAUGCUGUUAGGGGAACUCACCCCUGGAGAUCGUCAGAAGAUCAUGACAAUGUGCACAAUUGAUGUACAUGCUAGAGAUGUUGUAGCCAAGCUUAUAGCACAGAAGGUUUUGAAUGGACAGGCAUUUCUCUGGCUAUCACAGUUGCGCCACAGAUGGGAUGAAGACCAAAACGAGUGUUUUGUCAACAUUUGUGAUGCUCAGUUUCAAUAUGCUUAUGAAUAUCUUGGAAAUAGUCCUAGGCUUGUAAUUACUCCUCUUACUGACAGAUGCUAUAUUACAUUGACACAGUCUCUUCGCUUGGGUAUGAGUGGUGCGCUGUCAGGCCCUGCAGGAACAGGGAAAACGGAAACAACCAAGGACUUAGGCCGUUCUCUUGGCAUGAUGGUCUAUGUUUUCAACUGUUCGGAACAAAUGGACUAUAAGUCCAUUGGCAAUAUCUACAAAGGCUUGUGCCAAACUGGUGUAUGGGGUUGUUUCGACGAGUUCAACCGCAUUUCUGUGGAGGUCCUGUCCGUCGUAGCUGUUCAGCUUAAAGCUAUUCAGGAUGGCAUCCGACAGAAGAGGAAAAGAUUCACCUUUUUAGGUGAGACUAUUGAAUUGAAACCAACAGUGGGAAUCUUCAUCACUCUUAACCCAGGUUAUGCAGGAAGAGCCGAACUUCCAGAAAACCUUAAAGCUCUUUUUCGGCCCUGUGCAAUGGUGAUUCCAGACUUUGAGCUUAUUUGUGAAAUAAUGCUGGUGGCAGAAGGAUUUGUGAAUGCCCGAUUGCUUUCCAGAAAGUUUAUUUGUCUUUACACAUGUUGCCGUGAACUCCUGUCCCAACAGGAUCAUUAUGACUGGGGCCUUAGAGCUAUAAAAUCAGUUCUAGUGGUGGCUGGAUCACUGAAACGAGAAGACCAAAGCCAACCCGAAGAUCAGGUUUUGAUGAGAGCCCUCAGGGAUUUUAAUUUGCCUAAGGUAGUCACUAAUGAUGUCCCUAUAUUUCUGGGCUUGAUCAAUGACUUGUUCCCGUUGCUGGAAGUUCCACGGAAAAGGGAUCUGAGGUUGGAACAGCUGGUGCGACAGUCCAUUGCAAAACUCCAUUUGCAGCCAGAAGAAAACUUUAUACUGAAGGUUAUGCAGUUAGAAGAGCUACUGACUGUCAGACACUCAGUCUUUGUUGCUGGAGAUGCUGGGACAGGCAAAAGCCAGAUAUUAAAGACGCUGCACAUGACUUACUCCACCAUGAAGUUGCGGCCUCUGUGGAAUGAUAUCAACCCAAAAGCUGUCACCACAGAUGAACUUUUUGGGUUUCUUCAUCCAUCAACAAGAGAAUGGAAAGAUGGUUUAUUUUCAUCCACCAUGAGGGAACUGUCAGGCAUUAUCCAUGAUGACCCCAAAUGGAUUGUGCUCGAUGGAGACAUCGAUCCCAUGUGGAUUGAGUCACUCAACACUGUCAUGGAUGACAAUAAGGUCCUAACACUAGCAAGUAACGAACGAAUUUCACUGACCCCCUCCAUGCGACUAGUGUUCGAAAUCAGCCACCUUCGGGCAGCAACUCCAGCCACUGUGUCAAGAGCUGGCAUCCUCUAUGUGAACCCACAAGACCUAGGCUGGAGCCCAUAUGUCACAAGCUGGAUCGAAACUCACAAAGCACAGUCUGAAAGAGCAAACCUAACCCUCCUCUUCGACAAAUAUGUUCCUAGCUGCUUGGAGCAAGUCCGAUGCAACUUAAAAACCAUCACUCCGAUUCCAGAGAACAGCAUGGUACAGACUUUGUGUUCCCUGCUGGAUUGUCUCCUGACCCCAGAGAACAUUCCUUCAGACUCUCCUCGAGAACUCUAUGAAAUAUACUUUGCCUUUGCGAGUGUGUGGGCUUUUGGAGGGGCUUUGUUCCAAGAUCAGCUAAUUGAUUAUCGCAUGGAGUUUAGUAGAUGGUGGAUCAAAGAAAUGAGGACAAUAAAAUUUCCUUCCCAAGGGACAGUUUUUGAUUACUACAUUGACCCUGAUACGAAAAAAUUUACUUUGUGGAGUGAGAAAAUUCCAGGCAUUGAAAUGGAACCAGAUGUCCCUCUCCAGACGGUUUUGAUUCAUACAUCAGAAACCAUUCGCUUGCGGUAUUUGGUGGAUUUGCUUUUGGAGAAGGGUCAGCCAAUUAUGCUGGUGGGAAAUGCUGGAGUUGGAAAAACAGUCCUCAUAUGUGACAAGCUUACCAAGCUAUCAGAAAAGUAUAUGGUGGCCAAAGUUCCCUUCAAUUACUAUACAACAUCUGCUACGCUUCAGCGUGUUCUUGAAAGAUCCUUGGAAAAGAAAGCUGGCAGAAAUUAUGCUCCUCCGGGCAUGAAAAAAUUAAUUUACUUCAUUGAUGAUCUUAAUAUGCCCGAGGUCGAUGCCUGCGGCACUGUCCAGCCUCAUGCUCUAAUUAGACAGCACCUGGACUAUAGCCACUGGUAUGACAGACAGAAACUGAUUUUGAAAGAAAUUCACCAUUGUCAGUAUGUCACGUGCAUGAAUCCCACCGCUGGAAGUUUUUCAGUAAAUCAGCGUCUUCAGAGACAUUUUUCUGUGUUCGCUGUCCACUUCCCGGGAAUGGAUGCCUUAGCCAGUAUCUAUGGCAAGAUAAUAACUAUACAUUUCCAACAAGGGGACUUCUCUUAUAGUGUAGUGAAGUCAGCCGACACACUUAUACAAGCUGCAAUUUCUCUGCACCAAAAGAUGAGCCAGAAUUUUCUACCUACAGCUAUUCGGUUUCAUUAUAUUUUCAACUUAAGAGAUUUAACACGCAUGUUCCAGGGAAUGCUUUUUGCAACCCCCGAAUGUGUGCGGCUCCCUAUUGACUUGGCUCAUUUAUGGUUGCAUGAAUCAUCCAGGGUCUACUCAGAUAAACUUAUGGAGGAAAAGGAUAUUGAACAUUUUAACAAAGUGCUUAUCGAUACUGCAAAAAGGUACUUUGAGGGUGUUGAUGAGCACAUAUUUAUCCAUAAGCCACUAAUUUACUGCCAUUUUGCCCAUGGUGUUGGAGAACCUCGUUAUUUUCCGGUAUCUGAUUGGAAGAAGUUGACCAGAAUUUUAACAGAGGCAUUAGAGCACUACAAUGAACUGCAUGCGUCAAUGAACCUCGUCCUCUUUGAGGAGGCCAUCCAGCACAUCUGUCGCAUCAAUCGUAUUCUUGAGGCCCCAUAUGGAAAUGUCCUUUUGAUUGGAGUUGGAGGAAGUGGAAAGCAAAGUUUGUGCCGCUUAGCUGCCUUUCUCAGCUCACUGGAAGUCUUCCAAAUAGCACUUCGGAAAAGUUAUGCUAUUCAUGAUCUCAGGAGCGAUAUUGCCACACUUUACUUUAAAGUUGGCGUGAAGAACAUCGGCACAGUGUUUCUUCACACAGAUGCUCAGAUCCCUGAUGAGCGUUUCCUCGUAUUAAUUAACGACAUGCUGGCAUCAGGUGAUAUUCCUGAUUUAUUUAGCGAGGAUGAGUUGGAUAGCAUCAUUUCUUCGACAAGGACGGAACUACGGGGGCUUGGCCAAGCUGAUUCAAAAGAGAACUGCUGGCAAUUUUUUAUUGACCGUAUUCGUCGGCAGCUAAAGGUCGUGUUGUGCUUCUCCCCGGUGGGUUUCACCCUCAGAACAAGAGCGAGGAAGUUUCCGGCCCUGGUGAACUGCACCGCAAUUGACUGGGUCUGUCCUUGGCCGCUGGUGGCCCUCCAAACAGUUAGUGCCAGCUUCAUUGACAAGAUGGAUUUACUUGCUUCUCAUUUGAAGCCUUCAAUCAGCCAUUUCAUUGCUUUUGCACACAUAAGUGUCAAUGAACUAAGUGUCAAGUUCCAACAGAAUGAGAAGUAUUACAACUAUACAACACCAAAGAGUUUCCUGGAAUUCAUUAAACUUUACCAGAAUCUACUGGGGAAGAAGAGAAAAGAGUUGGUUCAAAACAUGGAAAGGCUGGGAAAUGGCUUACAAAAGCUGCAGACUACAGCCUCACAGGUAGAAGAUCUGAAGUCUAAGCUUGCCAUUCAAGAGAUAGAACUUCAUCAAAGAAACAAAGACACCGGAGCACUCAUUGAGAAAAUUGGACUGCAAACGGAAAAACUGAGCCAAGAAAAAGCCAUAGCUGAUGAGGAAGAACGGAAGGUGGCAGCUAUUCAGGCGGAAGUAACAAAGCAGCAGCAAGAAUCUGAGCAUGACCUUGCGAAAGCUGAGCCGGCUCUUAAUGCAGCAAAUGCUGCCUUAAACACACUCAACAGGCUAAACUUAACAGAAUUAAGAACAUUCCCAAAUCCACCAGCUAUUGUAACAAACGUGGCAGCCGCCGUUCUCAUGCUCCUAUCCCCAAAUGGCAAGAUUCCAAAGGACAGAAGCUGGAAAACCUCAAAGAUGUACAUGAGUAAGGUGGAUGAAUUCCUCCAAAGUCUUGUCAAUUUUGAUAAAGAACAUAUCCCUGAAGCAACAGUUAAAGCUGUGAAAGAAGAAUAUCUGAAUGAUCCAGAAUUCAACCCAGAUUUUGUACGGACAAAAUCUUCAGCCGCUGCUGGUCUCUGUGCAUGGGUUAUUAAUGUUAUUAAAUUCCAUGAGGUAUAUUGUGAAGUGGACCUCAAGCGGCAAUCCCUGGCUCAGGCCAACACAGACUUAAUCAUGGCAGCAGAAAAACUUGAUGCUAUUAGGAAGAAACUCCGUGAACUAGACACAGACCUGGCUGCCUUCACCACCGCCUUUGAAAGGGCUACAGCUGACAAAAUCCGCUGCCAGGAAGAAGUGAAUAGAACUAACAAGACUAUUGAGCUGGCCAACAGAUUAGUGAAAGGUCUGGAGUCUGAGAAUGUACGAUGGGCUCAAUCAAUAGCACAAUACCAUGAACAAGAGAAGACGCUGUGUGGAGAUGUGCUUCUAACUGCAGCUUUUAUUUCAUACGCCGGGCCAUUUGCAAAACGGUACCGACAUGAGCUAGUCCAAAACCUGUGGCUGCCCUUUUUGAGAAGCCAGGAGGUCCCCAUUGCAGUGACUGAAGGUCUUGAUCCAAUCUCUGUGCUGACGGAUGAUGCAACAAUUGCUAAAUGGAACAAUGAAGGCUUGCCUAGUGAUGCCAUGUCCACACAAAACGCCACUAUUCUCACAAACUGUGAACGCUGGCCUGUAUUGAUUGACCCCCAGCACCAGGGGAUCAAAUGGAUAAAAAGCAGAUACGGCUCCGGCUUGAAAGUCAUCCAUUUGGGUCAGAAAGGGUAUGUGCAUAUCCUGGAAGAGGCUGUUAUUGCUGGAGAUUCUGUUUUAAUAGAAAACUUCGAGGAGACCUUUGAUGCUGUGCUUGACCCUCUUCUUGGGAAACAUCUGCUAAAGAAGGGAAGGUAUAUCAGGGUUGGAGAUAAGGAGUGCAAAUUUCACCCAAAAUUCCAGCUCAUCCUCCACACAAAACUGGCUAAACCUAAGUAUAGACCAGAAAUCCAGGCCCAGACUACAUUGAUCAAUUUUAGAGUUACGCAAGAUGGUUUAGAGGAUCAGCUGUUGGCAGAUGUUGUCAACAUGGAAAGACCAGAUCUGGAACACUUCAAGUCUGAACUCACAAAGCAGCAAAAUUAUUUUAAAAUUGAGUUGAAAAUGCUUGAAGAUGAAUUACUGACACGCCUUUCAGCUGCCGAGAGUAAUUUCCUUGGGGAUACCCUCCUGGUUGAGAGGCUGGAAACAACAAAACACACAGCAGCAGAAAUAGAAAUUAAGGUUACAGAAGCGAACAUCAACGAAGCAAAGAUCAACGAGGCUCGCGAGCAUUAUCGCCCAGUGGCAGCAAGAGCAUCCCUGCUCUACUUCUUCAUGGAUGAGUUGAAAAAAAUCAAUCCCAUGUAUCAGUUCUCACUGAAGGCCUUUAAUGCUGUAUUUCACAAAGCAGUACAGCAAGCAGAACCUUCCAGCAGUGAGAAGGAGCGGGUCAGCAACUUGAUCGGCUGUGUCACCUACUCUACUUUUGUUUACCUCAGUCGUGGCCUAUUUGAGAGAGACAAGCUGGCCAUCACUGCCCAGAUGGCUUUCCAGCUUUUGCUCAUGAAUAAGGAGAUCGAUGCUCAUGAGCUAGACUUCCUUCUGAGAUUUAAUAUUGACCACAGCUACAGCAGCCCUUUGGAAUUCCUCUCCAACUCUACCUGGAGUGCAAUUAAGACAAUCAGCUUUAUGGAUGAAUUUCAUGGUUUGGACAAAGAUAUAGAAGGAUCUCCAAAAAGAUGGAAAAAAGUGGUUGAAUCAGAAUGUCCAGAAAAAGAGAAGUUUCCACAGGAAUGGAAGACAAAAAGUUCCCUGCAGAAACUGAUUAUGAUGCGAGCCUUGCGACCAGAUCGAAUGACUUACGCUGUCAGGAACUUUGUUGAAGAGAAACUUGGAACCAAAUAUGCAGAGGGACAUAAAACGGACUUUGCCAAAUCAUUUCAAGAAAGCGGGCCUGCUUCGCCAGUCGUGUUCAUUUUGUCUCCUGGUGUCGAUCCACUGAAAGAUGUUGAAUCUUUAGGGAACAAGCUUGGCUUUACCAUUGAUUCGGGGAAGCUUCACAAUGUAUCUUUGGGUCAAGGGCAGGAAGCCAUCGCAGAGAUGGCUUUGGAAAAGGCAUCAAAAGAAGGCCACUGGGUUAUACUUCAAAAUAUUCAUCUUGUUGCAAAGUGGCUUGACACAUUAGAGAAAUUACUGGAGAAGCACAGUGAAGGAAGUCACCUCACGUAUCGGGUCUUUAUGAGUGUCGAACCUGCCGCCACCCCCGAGGAACAUGCCAUUCCUCAGGGAAUCCUGGAAAACUCUAUUAAAAUAACCAAUGAGCCACCAACCGGGAUGCUUGCUAAUCUUCAUGCUGCGUUGGACAAUUUUGACCAGAACAUUCUUGAUCAGUGUUCUCGGGAACAGGAGUUUAAGACCAUUCUGUUUUCACUCUGCUACUUCCACGCCUGUGUGGCUGAGCGAUGGAAAUUUGGACCCCAGGGCUGGAGCAGGAAAUAUGCUUUCAACAAUGGGGACCUGACCAUUUCCGUCAAUGUUCUGUACAAUUACCUGGAAGCAAACUCACAGAUACCCUGGGAAGAUCUCCAAUACUUGUUUGGUGAGAUUAUGUAUGGCGGUCAUAUUACAGAUGACUGGGACAGGAGACUCUGCUGCACUUACCUGGAGGAGUAUAUGCAACCCCAUCAGCUUGACAGGAGUCUGGCCCUUGCACCUGGGUUUGUGGUUCCUUCGAACCUGGACUACCAAGGUUACCACAAAUAUAUCGAUGACAUGCUUCCCACUGAAAGCCCAGUCCAUUAUGGCCUUCAUCCCAAUGCAGAGAUUGAAUUCCUGACAGCGACUUCAGACAACCUGUUCCGCACGCUGCUUGAGCUGCAGUGCCAGGAGUCCAUCACUGGGGAAGGAGCUCCACAGACGAUGGAAGAAAAGGUAAAACUAAUAUUAGAUGAUAUUCAAGAUAAGCUUCCAGAAGGCUAUAACAUGGCUGAUAUUACCUCAAAAACUACAGAACGCACUCCAUAUAUCCUGGUUUGUUUUCAAGAAUGCGAAAGAAUGAAUAUGCUAAUACAUGAAAUAAGGCGUUCUCUUAAAGAACUUGAUCUAGGCCUUAAGGGUGAGCUGGCAGUCUCUGCUGAGAUGGAGCAACUGCAGGCAGCUCUUUUUUUUGACAGUCUACCUGACACUUGGAUGAAACUGGCUUAUCCAUCAACAUGCAGUCUCACCCAGUGGUACAGCGAUCUCCUCCUGCGUUGCCGUGAGCUCGACUCCUGGGCACAGGAUCUCACCCUCCCUGGCGUUGUAUGGAUAUCAGGCUUUUUCAACCCUCAGUCCUUCCUCACAGCUGUCAUGCAGACUCUAGCCCGUAAAAAUGAAUGGCCUUUGGAUAAGAUGCACAUAACUGUAGAUGUUACCAAGAAAUAUAAAGAGGAGUUUAUGCAGCCUGCUAGGGAAGGAGCAUACAUAUACGGCCUGCACUUAGAAGGUGCUCGCUGGGAUGUCCAGGCAGGCCACAUAGCUGAAGCUUGCUUGAAAGCACCAACAUUCGCAAUGCCUGUUAUUUUUGUCAGAGCCAUCCCCAACAACAGGCAAGAGAUCAGAAAUGUUUAUGAAUGCCCAGUGUAUACAACUAAACUAAGGGGCUCCACUUAUGUGUCAACAUUCCAUUUAAAAACAAAGGAAAGGCCAGCAAAGUGGAUUCUUGCUGGUGUUGCACUGCUUUUAAGCGUGUGAUUAUGUUGCUGCAUUUCCAGACUCUAGAGUUCAGCUCAACCUCUUUGGCUUUAGCUGCUUGCUCCCCCACCUCAGUGAAUUUGUAUGCAUGCACAAUAGCAGGGUUUUGCAUUGUCCGCUUUAAAAAUUGAGUGUGAACACAGCACUACUCAGGAAUCCUUUCGGGCCUGAUUCUGUACGCCUUAUUCCUGCCUAUAGCUCAAAAGGCAUUUUUAGAAAGGCGAUUAUUCACAAUUUGCAGCUUUAUUCUAAGGAACCUAUGUAAUAAACAGAACCAUUUAUUUUUGUCAGUGCUGUUAUCAAUUAAAAAACUGGAAGAUAAAAUAAACCAACACCAAAUGCAUUUCCGUCA